UUAGUAUUUCCAACAGGUAAACUCAAAACAGCAGUAUUUCGGAGAGCCCAUAGCCUUUGGGGAGAAAAAAGGUGCAAGUAAUGAAAGAAAUUGAGCUGAGUGAGAGGAUAGAUGUUCUAGACCAGAUUCUGUGACUUAUCAGAGAGAAAUUAAGAAACUACAAAUGGAGUUUUUCUCCUUAUUCCCACUAUUAACUGUAAUCAACAAGCACAGAAGAAACUUCCCUGUUUUUUGGAUGUCAAACUUGGGACAAUAUGACUCUGAUUUUUACCAAUCUAAUUACACCAUUGAUAAUCAGGAGCAGAGCCAUAAUGAUCCUAAUGUCUAUGGAAGUCUUCAUGGAUGCAGAAUUCAACAAGCUGGUGAGCAGCCUCAGUCUGCCUCUUUUGUGCCACCAGAGAUGCUCAUGGCAACAGAUUACACAGGACAAUUUCUUCAACCAGCGUCCAACCCAGAUUAUUAUUCACAAUCUCCUUACAUUGACAGUUUUGAUGGAGAGCCUCCGUUACUAGAAGAACUUGGAAUUAAUUUUGAUCACAUAUGGCAAAAAACCUUGACAGUAUUAAACCCACUGAAGCCAGCAGAUGGCAGCAUUAUGAAUGAAACUGACCUAACUGGACCCAUUUUGUUUUGCAUCGCCCUGGGAGCCACUCUGCUUCUGGCAGGAAAAAUCCAUUUUGGUUACGUGUAUGGCAUGAGUGCCAUUGGCUGCUUUGGGAUUCAUGCCUUACUAAACUUGAUGAGCUCUUCAGGGGUAUCCUAUGGCUGUGUGGCGAGUGUACUGGGUUACUGUUUGCUGCCCAUGGUCAUCCUGUCCAGCUGUGCCAUCUUCUUUUCACUGCAGGGUACCUUUGGCCCUGUGUCAGCGUUGGUUAUCAUUGGCUGGUGUAGUCUUUCAGCUUCCAAAAUCUUCAUUUCAGCCUUGGACAUGGAAGGACAGCAGCUUCUCAUUGCCUACCCUUGUGCCUUACUUUAUGGACUUUUUGCUCUCCUGACAGUUUUCUAAAGUGUGUUUGAGAUGGCAUUGUAAGCUAUUUGUUUGCUAUUUAGAUAAUCCUGGAAAUGUAUUAGCAUUCAAAUUGGUAACAGGAUCUCUGUUUUAUUUCUGUUGAAAGAAUAAUAGGCAGAGAGGCAAAACAGCACUUAAGGAUGAUGCUCUAAUAGCUUGUUGUGUUUGACUAAUGUUUUGCUUUUGUUCGGAACAUUAAAACAAUAAAAAAUGCUUUUAA